GUAUAAAUUGCGGUUUAAUACAAGACUUCCAAACAAGAAAAAUAAAUCAAAGGAGAGAGGGGUGCUAUAUAUGGUUAAAAAGGCUAUGAAAAUUAGACUUGUUUUGAUGAUGGUGGUGGUGUUCGCUAUUCUUCCUCAUCAAGCUAUGGUGCAAGUAGAAAACCCUUCCUUUUUCUAUGAUCACUAUCUUAAUCAUCCUCCCUCUCUCACUCCUUUUUUGCAUUCCCUUCCAAGUAUCUCACUCUCUCCAUAUAAUGAUGCUAAACCUCGAAGGCAUCGUUCAAGGAAACGAAAUCGUCCCAAUGAAAAACAAAGUCCUGGUUCAGUGAAUACUCCUACGAAAGAAGAAGAGCAAGCUCGUUUUUUAAAAUUUGAAGAAGCAAAAAUAACGUGUCGCAAAGAGUGUGCGAUGAAGUCCAGAGAGAAUAUAAAAAGCUCAGCAUUUCUACUCCCCCCUCGUCCUUUCAUGGGCAACAGAAGAUUCCCUGGAGGAAGCUGGGGGAUAAUUGUUCGUCUACCUAGCUCUGUUCACCAUGAAAUCCAAAAUAUUGAUAUAUCAUGCAUGGGGCAGAACUUGUUGGAUACACAAACCUUGAAGCAAGUAAGAGAUGCUGUUUGGCUGCCUAGAUUGUUAGAAUCUGUAGAUUCCACUAUGUCGUUUGAAGACUCCUAUGAUGGAUCUACACAACAUUUGAUGUCUUUACAUUAUAGCAGACCAUGCGAAUUGGAAAUAUAUAUAUAUAUAUAUAUAUAUGAUAAAGUUUAUUGAGUCUUACUCUUUCGCAAAAGGCAUCUUAAGAAAAUAGGUUUGUUCAAGGCUUACAAAGCUCACAAUCCAAGUAUAUAUACCUUGAAAAUAUGAGACUCUUAACGGUAUAAACUUAAUUUUGAUCUUUCUGUAUGGUUCAGUUGGGUGGAAGUAUUUGAAAAGAAAGAUCUGCAUGGAUUUCAGCUUUUAGUUUAAAUGGCUUGAAUAAAUUAUG